AUGUACACGGAUUCGUACUACGGCUUCACCCCCACCUCCAGCCAGGUCGUGGCGGCCGACAUGCGCGCCGCCUUUGAGGACCUCUUCUUCGAGUACGGCGUCGACAUGACCUGGCAGGUGUGUGGGGGCGUGCUCUCAAGUAUCAAGGGAUGGGGUGUGCUGGCCGGGGUAGCAGGAACUGUCAGCGGUGGGGUCGCUGCAGGACCAUUCAGUUCUUCCCAUGCAACCCCUGGACGCUUCCUCUUCGAAGCAUCCGCUCGAGGGCAAGCCGCUGCCUUGCAUUUGCCCAAGACCAUGCCCGUCCCUGACAAGGACCGCCACCCUCCAACCACCGAGUCUAAUGCUGGCUCCCUACUCCUCGCUGCUGAUCAUAGUCGCCCCUCCCUCGGUCCCUCCACAUCACCACCCUCUAUCCGGCCCCCGGCAUACUCACCCCCCUUGGCCCCAUGGACCCCCCCCCAGGGACACCUGCACAACUACCAGCGCACCUGCCCCGUCUACAACAACACCUGCGUCGACUACGAUGACGAGGGCGUGGCUCGGGGGCCCAUCCACGUGACCAUGGGGCACAACGGCUUCAUGCUGACCCCCUUCUACCAGCCCGAGGCCCCCAACGCCUUUGACGGGCAGCCCACCUUUGCGUCCUUUGGCUACUGCCGCGCGGAGGUCAAUCGCACCCACUUCAACCUCCAGGUGACAGUGCUUCCCUAUGGGGUUCAGGAUCGGUCCUCUGCAAACGCCCUGCAGCCACGCCACGGGGCAUGA